UUGAAGACUGGUGGUUUGAUUGCUUUUGCGAUAUUGCCUUUGUUUCUGAACGCUGCUGGAUGAUUUAUUGAUCAUGCGCAAUGCAUGACUGGAGUUUGCUUUAAUGAAAAUCUCAGAAGAAGGGAUUUCUGCUCGUCUCAGCUGGAACUUGCAGAUUACAACUUGGAGUUCAAGGUAUGGAGACCCAUGCGGCCCUACAAAGAGCACACUUCUCCACCGCAGGUAGCUAGUUCUCACCUGCUGCUGGGCUGCUCCCUCCUACGCAAACCUCAGCCAAAACCACCGGGAUUUUAAAAGUCCUCAGUAGCGCCCCUGUGCCCAUCCUGAAGGGGCACAAUGGGGGAAAGACGAGCACGCUCCUUUCACAUGACCUGCCAUGUGCAGCGGGACUACGGCAGCAGGAUGCGGAGCUCCUUCAUACGCUGCAGCCCCAACGGAUGUGCCGGCACAAGCAUCAGCCUCAGCUUGGACCAGGAGAUGGACCUGGCCGCCUCCACCGGUCCCACCGCCGGCUGCGGUGCCUUGCGGGUCCCCGUGCCUGACGUCGGCCACUACUCGCCGGUUUCGCUGGAGAUGGACCCCCCGGCGGUGAAUAAUGGAUCAGGCUUCCCCUGCUUACCUCCAGCUGACACAAAGGAUCCGGAGCUGCAGAUCGCACACAGCCAGCCGUCCGUCACCCCCGUCCCGCCGCCUCUCCCUCGCUCCAGUUGGCUGCGCCAUCAUCAGAAGGAGUUCCAGAGUCCUUACAUCAAGACUAGCAUGCAGGGGGAUGUUUACAACUUUCUAGAAAGACCCGCGGGGUUGAAAUGCUUCCUCUACCACUUUCUAGUCUUCCUCAUGGUGUUGGUGUGUCUUAUCUUCAGUGUUCUGUCCACAAUAGAACAAUAUGCAGACUUUGCUACAGGAACGCUCUUUUGGAUGUUUGGGUCGGUGUGUCCCGAUGGAAAGCGCUGGUGGUAG